AUGACGGAGAAUGUAGCCAUAGCAGCAGCGUGUAGUUCUUCCUUAUGCGGGAAAAAGAGAAUCCGGAUGCGGGCAACGCUCACAUCCAGCACCGCCAACAUCUGCAGACGGAUGGUCCUCAUAAAAAAGUUCAUCUCGGUCCAUUUCUAUUUUCUUGCUACAGAGCUGAAUUCAAACAUCAUGGAAUGACAUCUUCUCAAAUGUGGAGUUAGGGCUAUGUGAAAACCAGUGUCUUGGAUACACAAUGGAUAAAGAGGUAAGAUAAUUUAUAUUCUUUCUCAUUCAAAUAUUUGCAGAACACAGUAGCUGAGGUCAUGUGAAUGGACGUCCACUACAAAAAGGGAUGGCCUUGCGUCUCCCUGCCAUGAAGCCUGAUUUAUGUGCCCACUCCUCACGUCUCCAGUUGAGGAUGCUGUUGCAUCUCGGCCAGGGUGCUUUGUAAAGGAGAUGGCACAAUCCUGACAACGAUUAAAAGGAUCACAAAAAAUACAACGUUUUUAGGCUUGUUUUGUUAAUGUCAUAAUAAUAAUAAAUAAUAAUAUGCCAUUUAGCAGACGCUUUUAUCCAAAGCGACUUACAGUCAUGUGUGCAUACAUUUUUACGUAUGGGUGGUCCCGGGGAUCGAACCCACUACCCUGGCGUUACAAGCGCCAUGCUCUACCAAUUGAGCUACAGACUCUUUUCCACAUUAUUUUGAUGAUUGGAUUACGGAUGUACAUUGUGAAAAUAAACUCUAUGGGUCCAAUGUUUGGUGCAUACAAGUAUGCAAGUAUGCAACUAAGUUUAUUUUUUACAAUAUUCCGUUUUUUAUUGCAUCUGGAAUGACAUUAGGUGUGCGAAUAACACUAUUUUCAAUAGAUUGCCUACAUGGCCAUUGGCCAAAGUCAGUAUUGCACCUCCUAUAACAUAAUAUUACAGUGCAUCUAUGCUGCUGUUCUUCUGUCUUCUCCCUCUUUCAUUGUUUUUCUCCUCUUUUCUUCCUCCUCCUCCUCCUCCUCCUCCUCCUCCUCCUCCUCCUCCUCCUCCAGUGUUCCUGCAGAUGUUGAAGCAUAGUUGGCUGCUAGACUUAUGUAAGAGAGCUAGUGAUUUCAUUCUCUUUCCACAACCUGCAUGGGCCUGUGAAUUUGCUAGCUAGGCUAUAUUGAAUGUCUUGCUGUUGUCAAUACUCAAACCAGAAUAAUCCUCAUAGUCUAUCCAUUAUCUUCAUUUCGAAGAUGCAGUCUGAUGCUAACACUCCAUUCAAAAUUGUUGAAGUUAUCUUAUCAUUUGACACGAUCUGGUUUUGUUUUUUCGUCACAUUUGAACUUCAGUAGACUGAGAAGAAGACUAUGAAGUUCACUCAAUAUUUAGUAGCAGAACAUCCAUUCCGUCUUUCAAUGUUAUGUCUAUGCUAAGUGUAUUGCUGCAUGUUAGCGUUUCUUGUGUAAUGCAUGAGUCUUAUAAUAAACCAAUUGAAUAAAGGACCUAUCUGUUCUUAAUGAAUGCCAUGCUGAUGAUAAGGAAUAUAAAGUAAUUUGUAUGGACUUUUCCUUUUAAUCAAAAUAAGAAUUUGUGGAUUUUCAUGCAUAUCUCUAUUCCCAGUCAUGUGAAAUCCAUAGAUUAGGGCCUAAUGAAUUUAGUUCAAUUGACUGAUUUCCUUAUAUGAACUGUAAUUCAGUAAAAUCUUUGAAGUUGUUGCAUGUUGCGUUUAUAUUUUUGUUCAGUAAAUAAGGUGCUUUUUUAAGCUCUCCUAACUGUGCCAUUGAGGAACUAGACCAAGCACACUUGUAGUUGUUUUGUUUGGAACACAACCCUGCAUACCCGCCCUCACACAAAUACUGUUGUUGUUUACACAAUCCAAAAGUGGUCCAUUAUAAAUCGCAAUCUGGGUCAGGUGAGAAUCAUUUGAAAGUCUGUUCUAUUGCCAACAUGACUAGCUAAGUUAUAAAAUACGAUAUUACAGUGUUAGGCUUUCAAAUGCAAUUCAGGGAAACAGAUAAUAAUUUUUGUGCGCUUAGAAUGGAGUCAUGAUUGCAUUCAGGUGCGUGUGCCGAGGCACAUUUUCUUCACAAUAGACAAACAUAGGCUCAUUCUUUUCAGAACAUCCAAGGGUAUGACGCCAUGUCAUUUUGUAACUGUACAUCAAACAUAGUGAUCAUAAACGUUGACACUGUAUAUGACAUGAGUUUUAUGAUAUGGAACUGUGAAGUGCACAUUUGGACUCAUGGGUGUUUGGCAUGCUUGUACGACAUCAGAGCAGUAUUUAUUGUCAUCCUCAACGUCUCAUCUUUCAAAAUGCCUCGUCCUCUUAAUUUACAGCAUUUCUCUCACUCAGACAACAGGUGGUCCUCUGUAGCUCAAUUGGUAGAGUACGGCGCUUGUAACGCCAGGGUAGUGGGUUCGAUCCCCGGAACCACCCAUACGUAAAAAUGUAUGCACACAUGACUGUAAGUCGCUUAGGAUAAAAGCAUCUGCUAAAUGGCAUAUUAUAUUAUUAUUAUUAACAAAAAAUCUGCAAAAGUUGCCCAGUGAGCGGGAAGGAUGGGGCAACCUCUUUUCGUGCAAGGUGCUCAAGUUCAGAACGGCUGUUAGUCAAAACCCAUACAGCGCUGUGAAGCGCAGAGCCAGAGCUCUGACGUUAUGUAUCUUACUGUACAUAGACUUACACACCCUGGCUCAACAUAACAUAGUCCCCAGAGCCAGGGCGUGACAGUACCCCCCCCCCAAAGGCGCGGACUCCGACCGCGCCAAACAACCACAACAGGGGAGGGACCGGGUGGGCACUCCGCCUCGGCGGCGGAUCCGGCUCCGGACAUGACCCAGGCACGGGUUGUGCUGGACUGACGACGCGCACCCCUGGCUUGGUGCGUGGAGCAGGGACAGGCCGGACUGGGCUGACGAAGCACACCCCUGACUUGGUGCGGGGAGCAGGAAUGAGCCGGACCGGGCUGACGAAGCGCACCCCUGACUUGGUGCGGGGAGCAGGAAUGAGCCGGACCGGGCUGACGACGCGCACCACUGACUUGGUGCGGGGAGCUUGGAUGGGCCGGACUGGGCUGGCGACGCGCACCACCGACUUGGUGCGGAGAGCAGGAACGGGCCGGACAGGGCUGACGAAACGCAUCACAGACUUGGUGCGGGGAGCAGGAAUGGGCCGGACUGGGCUGGCGACGCGCACCACAGACUUGGUGCGGAGAGCAGGAACGGGCCGGACAGGGCUGGUGACGCGCACCACCGACUUGGUGCGGGGAGCAGGAAUGAGCCGGACCGGGCUGACGACGCGCACCACUGACUUGGUGCGGGGAGCUUGGAUGGGCCGGACUGGGCUGGCGACGCGCACCACAGACUUGGUGGGAGUGGCAGGAACAGGCCGGCCCGUACUGGGAACACACACCACUGGCCCUACGUGGGGAUCAGGAACAGGCCGGACCGGACUGGCAACACACGCCAGUACCUCUCGCCGUGCCUCUACAACCUCCUUCCCCCUGGUGACCAGUGACUCCCGUAACUUGGCGGCCUCCUCUGCCAACCCGCUGGACCGCUCUAUCGCGGCCUCCUGCUGCCCCGACGUCGUGAGCCCCCCCCCUAAAAAUUUUCUGGGGGUCUCUCCUCCCCGUGGGCCAGGCCUCCAUCGUUCUCGCCAGACUCUCACCCCACUGCUCCAAAGUCCAACCUCUCUCCUCUUCUCUUGGCUUGGCCCAGUCGAGACUCCUACUCCACUGCUCCCAAGUCCAUCCUCUCUCUUCUUCACGCUGCUUGGUCCUGUUAUGGUGGUUUCUUCUGUCAAGGUAGAUGUAGGUGGGUGUGGUGGUGGAAACAGGCGCAGGACGCAGAACGUUAGUCCAAAAGACUUUAGUAGAGCACAACAAAACAAUCACGAAUAAAUGCCCUGAGGCAAAACUCCGCACGUAGGCGAAAACAACGGGCGCACAAACAGGUGCGCCAAAACACUCCAAACAAUAUGGAGAAAAUGCUCAACCGAGCAAACAGUGGAAAUACAGCCUACCGGCACGACAGUAAAACAUGGCUCCCAAUCAGAGACAACCAGCUGACCCUCGUUGCCUCUGAUUGGGAGUCACUCAGGCCAACAUAGAUAUACAAACAUAGACUUACACACCCUGGCUCAACAUAACAUAGUCCCCAGAGCCAGGGCGUGACAGCCACUGUGUUCCAAUUUAGUCGUUUUUAUCAGUGCCAAAUCUGCCAUUUUCAACCCGUAUAUGGGUACUAGUGUAAAGGGCUACUGGAAUCACUGGAGCAUGACCCAGUGUAUUCUGAUACUGGACGUGUUCCUGAAAUGGCUGACGUGUGGCUUUUCUCUCUGACACUGCUGCUUGUUGUGUCUACCUAUCUGUGAAGGAGAGCCAGAGGUGCCAAGGAGGGAAGCUUGGCUCGGCUGCCGAAGAGACACUGGAUGAAUAUUUAAUCGCCCUUUAGCACAAAAACAGGUGAAGUGUAGGGCAAAUGCCUUUAGGAGAGGCAGCUCCAGUUACACUGAGAGGACACAGUAGCUGCCUGUCAGUAGUCUAAUACUUACACUUAUAGAUAAGGUAGACUUUGAUUAGUUCCUUGUGCGGAGAGAUUGAGUGACACUAAUGAUGUAUGAGUGACACAGACACGCAAACUGUGUGAGAGCAAUUUGGUUUCUAGGGAUUAGGCUCUGCUUGUUUGACCUGCUUGCAUAAAUAAUAUUAUGCUCUCUCACAUGCAUACAAAAAACAUGAAAACAGACUUAAAACAUGUUUUUUUCAUCUCAUUUUCAAAGAUUCAUAAACCACUUAUUAUGAAAAUGUGUGUAUUUCCUAGUGAUGAUAACCCUUUGACCUUUAACCCAUAGGAUCUUAAAGAGACUGCAAACUAAAGAGCCCAAGGAGAUUGAGCUAGAAUGUCUGGAGCAGGGCAUCUUCAUCUAUCUGAAUGGGGCUAAUGCUAACGCUAGCAAGCAGACCAAGAGACCCAACCAGAAGUCUGUCACUUUGCCACCGCCCACUCUGAGAGCUACACACACGGCUGGUACACAGCAUGCAGGACUGAGUAUAGACAACAAACCAUCUUUGCUACAAUACUAAAUCCUUGUUAGGCUAUUGUAGAUGAUGUCCCUGUUUGUAAAUACUUUAUGACUAAACUAAUCUUCGUAGCAUCCUUGUGGCAUAUUACCAGCUGAACACCACCUCACCUCUCAGUUAGCGUGAUAUAAUCCUAUGCACUCGGGCCGUUGAAUAAAUGAUAGUGACAGUUGUAACCGGUGUCCAUUUUUCCCCCUCUGUGUGUUCUGGAACCAUUUGUGUCUUCUUCUUCUCUGCUCUUCAUUUGAGGGCGGACUUGACUGCUCAUGUGCAGUGACUUUGCUCUCUCGCCUCUGACUCAUCACCAGAUGCCUCCAGAAGGGGUUCACAGCUAGCAGAGGAGGAAAUCCGCAAUCUGGAGGUGAACAGCAGGAAGAGGAGUCUCAUUGGCCCGGGAAAAGUGCAGAGGAGAGAAUGGGUUCAGGUACCGCCAUUCUAGUCUACACCAUAAAUAUAGAAUCUAGUCAUUCUAUUUCUAUAGUAUCUAGUCAUCCUAACCCUGAUGUAUGGUUGGAUAGAUCUAGUGAACAAAUCACACGAUCAUAGACAUAGAUCACAGACAUUUCCACACAAAUGGAAUAGAAUGUAGUGUUUGUGUUGUGAAUAAUAUUGUGUUUUCCUAUUUUCAUCUUUGCAGAACUCGAUCAACAUUAGAACAGAACAAGGACCCUGUUUGCGGAUAUCUCCAGAGAGACGGUACUCUGAAGACUUUGAACCCUACGACAGCAGAGAGAUGGAGGUACAGUAGGAAGAAAACAGUGUCCAUCAGGCUCGUGUGCGUGGGUGUUUACUGUUCUUUGGCACAUUUCGAUGGUGUGUGCCAGUAUCUGCAUGUGUCAAAUGCAGCUGUCAUUCUGGGUUUGCAUGAUUGCAUCUCACUCUGCUCUGUAUUCACCCUGUUCCUCUCCAGCGGUCGAGUCCACGCUCUCCUCAUAGUCCCCACUCCCCGCAAGAUUCCUGUAAGGUGUCACGUUCGUUUGGCUCCAGGGCUGAUGGCCGAGGAGGUAGCCAGGCAGAGCCUGAACAUCAAAGCGAACGGGUCCUACUCAACAUCGACGAGGUCAAGGUGAGAGGUCAACUGUUUUUCUCUCCUUUUCUCUCCCUCCUCCGCUUCCUCUUCUCUCUCUCCCUCUCCUCUUCUCUCUCUCCCUCUCCUCUUCUCUCUCUCCCUCUCCUCUUCUCUCUCUCCCUCUCCUCUUCUCUCUCUCCCUCUCCUCUUCUCUCUCUCCCUCUCCUCUUCUCUCUCUCCCUCUCCUCUUCUCUCUUUCCUUGUCCUCUUCUCUCCUCUUCUCUCUCCCUAAGAUGGCAUGUCCAAGACACUGAUCCAGGCUACCAAAGUGCAAGAAAUACAGCAAUCUUCACCAUUUACAUAUCACCAGAUUACAUGUCACCGUAAAUCAUAGAUUUCUAUCCGGAGUGUGCUGACCUAGUGUUGAUUUCCGACUUUUUUCAUUUCCUUUUACGCCAAGCAGACACUCCCCUUCAGAGCAAUAUAAAUCAAGGCACAUCAAAUAUAUAACUGCCCUGUUUCUUCAACUUAGGUUAUAGCUCAGUGUUAACCUUGUUUGUGGUUAGUGUUACAUACAAUGCAGUGACGUGAGGGUGAGAGCUGAGUAGUGUUCAUUUGGUCACCAAACGGGAUGAAAAGAUUGUGAAACAGAGGAGAAAAUGCCUGUACUGAUAAAACGUUUUUGUUACCAUUUCAACUCAAUUGAACAUACCCCUGGUGUUUUAUGGCGCUCAGGUGCUUCGACGGAGCCUGGAGGCGAGCUUGCGGAGGAGCAGCGGUAGCCGCGGAUCGGCGGGGGAGGAGUCGGACGAGGAGUGGGUAGAGGAGCAGAUCGAGAGGGAGGAGAGCACGGAGAGCCUGGAAGAGCUGGGUCUGCCUCCUUCCUCCUCCAACAAAACAUCUACUCACACAAACCAUCCGCGAGCCACUGGGCCCAAAGGCUGCCUUCACGACCCUGCAGAUCUCAUAGUGCUGGACUUUGGGCCUUCUCCUAAAGGUACUCCAACAAUACGGAUUACGAUAUCCUCUAAUAAUGUUAUUCAGCCAGGGGUGCAUCUUAACAAUCAACUAUAGUGGCUACCUUUCCUUGUCCCACCCUUAAUUUGCACUGAUCUGAAAUGAAAGGAUAGUGGAUGCCUACUGAGGAUUUACCCAUCCAGAUAUUUUAUAUUAUUGCAGUUGAAGGGAAGACAAGUAGAGGACGGCACUUUAGAGAUAGUCCCUAUUCUUUGACCUUUAUUGACCUUUUUUCCAUUAUGUUGCAGGCCGUAAGAUCGAGCGUUCGCUGUCGGCCAAGAGGAAUGACAACCUGGAGGCCUACAUCCCCACCAAGCCUCUGCUGGUGAAGAGCAAAACUCUGGACAGGCCCUCUUCAAAGGAGUGCAGGGAUGGCAGAGAUACUCAACGUAUGUUCUGUUCUGCCCUGUAUUCAUGUCUUUCAUAAACCUAAGAGGCCUUAUUAGAAAAUAGCUGUCACAUAGUAAACAACAGUCAAGUGUACAAUGGUCCCUGAACUGUUUUUUUUUUUCUCUCUCUCUCUCUCUCUCUCUCUCUCUCUCUCUCUCUCUCUCUCUCUCUCUCUCUCCCCCCCCCCCCUCUCUCUCUCUCGCCCUCUCCCCCUCUCUCUCUCUCUGCCCCCACCCUCUCUCUCAGGGCCGAGGAGUCGUGUAGAGCGCCCCCUGUCUGCAGCAAGGAAGGCCUCCCAAGAGGAGCGCGACUCGGAGGAGACAGCGUGCAGGGUGCUCCAGGCCCUGCAGAGAGAGAACAGCCCAUUGCAGAGCCCCAAGCCCAGGGCCUUCAGCCGCACCCCGGUAAGAUAGAUAACAACCACAGAAGUAGAAUGAAUGAAUUUAAUUAUAUUUCUAUGGGCACAACCAGAGUGUGCUGUGCUGGGUCCACUAGUGGGUUGUGUUAUCUUCUUGUAACCUGUCUGCUGUAGUAAUUCCUGUUUUACAUCCUAGCCUAGCCUAUCUGUAUCUGUUAUUUUCUAAUCUUUUCUACUUUUAGUUUAAUCUAGUUAGGCUACUAUCCUCUCUAAGUCUAACUCCAUUGUGCUCCUCCAUUGUAAAUCCACAGGUGAGAGGAUACCAGAUGAUGAACGGCUCGCUGCGUGACGACGAUGGCGACAUAGAUGAAAGUGGGGUGACCAGAGCCAUGCAGAGAGUCACCCUCAUGGGUCCCAGGUAGUACUGCAACGUUACACACUAGUGUCACUACACACUAUGCAUAUGGGGAGGAAUAAGGACAGAAAUCUAUACUAAUCUCUUGACUAUCCUUGACUAUCACAAAGAAAAAAAACGAUGUUCCAAUAGGAUCCACAAUAGCAUACUACAGAGAAUGAAAUCAUCUAUAAGGUAUGCUAGUUUGCAUAUUGGCGCAUGGUCAGACAUAGACUUGACUGGUGACAGUUUAGAAGGACACUGGCAUAACUAACUCCCUCGUGCUUGUGUACUAUGCUGGGAUAAGAACGCCAUGUACAGACUGUGCAGUACAGUACAAAACUCGUGGUAACUUCAUGGGUGGGCGGCGCCAGAGCACCAGUAAUUGUAUACCUCUAAUCGAGGCUCUCUAACAAUCAGAAACGUGUAAGUGAUAACCUAACCCCUCUGACCUUGAAGCAGGUCUAGUCAACAAAGCUGUAGGGAGUCUUCAAUAACUGUCAGUGACCAUGUAUACAUUUCCAUAGAUAAUCACCUAGAGCAAGGUCAAAGACGAUUGAUGUGGUGAAGGACAAUAGAAUUGAUGAGUCAUUGUUUUCUCUCAGGCAACAGCAGAAACUACUAAAGGCGUUGGAGAAACUGGAGGUAGGCACGAACUUUGACAUCCCUCAGACAGCGAAGACGGAUAAUAGCAAACCACCGGUGAGUAACUAGGUGAGACAGACAGUGAAGGCUAAAUAGAGAGAGAGAGAGAGAGAGACACACACAAAAACACCACACACACACACAAAGAGAUAUAUAAAAGUGUUCUAAUUCAAUUUUCUAUGAUGCUAAGAAUACACUGGAUGAAGUGACGCUUGGAUUGACUCGUGAAGUUCUGUUGUUGUCAUGGUGGCAGUAUAGGCGGGUCUCGGUGGAGGCACCACCCACCGUGUACAUCACCAUGGAGAUCCUGAGUAACUGGGGGAACAGGGGCCAGGUGGGGCUGACGGAGAUGCAGUUCUUCGGCCCAGGGAACAGGAAGCUGUAUGUGUCGCCGCAUGACCUGGACAUCCGGAAUGCCGACUCCCCUGGGAACCUCGGAGCGCUAGUCAACGGGAAAGCUAAGGUGAGUUGAGUUCUCCCCGGAAGCUUUUCUGAUAACACUAAUUGAACUAUUUAGAAAGGUUUUGGUGCAUUGUAUUUACUAUUUAUACAUUUUUGGAAGGAUGUUUGGUGACACUUCCUCUUUGCUUUGUAAGGAAUUAUUAUACAUUUUAUGAACAUUUAUUAGCCUAUGUCGUGCAUGAUAAAGGAUUAUACAUAGCACAUAAGGUGAUAUACAGUUCCGUGAAAAAGUAUUUGCCCCCUUUCUGACAAAUUAUACUUAUUUUAUUUACACUACAUUGCCAAAAGUAUGUGGACACCUGCUCGUCGAACAUCUCAUUCCAAAAUCAUGGGCAUUAAUAUGGAGUUGGUCCCCUCUUUGCUGCUAUAACAUCCUCCACUCUUCUGGGAAGGCUUUCCACUAGAUGUUGGAACAUUGCUGCGGGGACUUGCUGCUUCCAUUCAGCCACAAGAGCAUUAGUGAGGUCGGGCACUGAUGUUGGGUGAUUAGGCCUGGCUCGCAGUCGGCGUUCCAAUUCAUCCCAAAGGUGUUCAAUGGGGUUGAGGUGGGGGCUCUUUGCGGCCAGUCAAGUUCUUCCACACCGAUCUCGACAAACCAUUUCUGUAUGAACCUCGCUUUGUGCACGGGGCAUUGUCAUGCUGAAACAGGAAAGGGCCUUCCCCAAACUGUUGCCACAAAGUUGGAAGCACAGAAUCGUCUAGAAUGUCAUUGUAUGCUGUAGCGUUAAGAUUUCCCUUCACUGGAACUAAGGGGCCUAGCCCGAACCAUGAAAAACAGCCCCAGACCAUUAUUUCUCCUCCACCAAACUUUACAGUUGGCAAUAUGCAUUGGGGCAGGUAGCGUUCUCCUGGCAUCCGCCAAACCCAGAUUCAUCCGUCGGACUGCCAGAUGGUGAAGCGAGAUUCAUCACUCCAGAGAACGCGAGUUCAAUGGCGGCAAGCUUUACACCACUCCAGCCGACGCUUGGCAUUGCGCAUGGUGAUCUUAGGCUUGUGGGCGGCUGCUCGGCCAUGGAAACCCAUUUCAUGAAGCUCCCGAUGAACAGUUAUUGUGCUGACGUUGAUUCCAGAGGCAGUUUGGAACUCUGUAGUGAGUGUUGCAACCAAGGACAGACAAUCUUUACACGCUACACGCUUCAGUACUCGGCGGUCCCUUUCUGUGAGCUUGUGUGGCCUACCACUUCGCGUCUGAGACGUUUUUGCUCCUAGACGUUUCCACUUCACAAUAACAGCACUUACAGUUUACCGGGGAGCGCUAUCAGGGCAGAAAUUUGACGAACUGACUUGUUGGAAAGGUGGCAUCCUAUGACGGUGCCACGUUGAAAGUCAUUGAGCUCAUCAGUAAGGCCAUUUGCCUAUGUUUGUCUAUGGAGAUUGCAUGGCUGUGUGCUCGAUUUUAUACACCUGUCAGCAUCGGGUGUGGCUGAAAUAGCCGAAUCCACUAGUUUGAAGGGGUUUCCACAUACUUUUGUAUAUAUAGUGUAUUUAAUUAACAAAGUUAUGCAACACCUAAUUCCCUGGUGUGAAAAAGUAAUUGCCCCCUUACACUCAAUAACUGGUUGUGCCACCUUUAGCUGCAAUGGCUGCAACCAAAUGCUUCCCGUAGUUGUUGAUCAGUCUCUCACAUCGCUGUGGAGGAAUUUUGGCCCACUCUUGCAUGCAGAACUGCUUUAACUCAGCAACAUUUGUGGGUUUUCAAGCAUGAACUGCUCGUUUCAAGUCCUGACACAACAUCUCAAUUGGGAUUAGGUCUGGACUUUGACUAAGCCAUUCCAAAAUGUCAAAUAUAUUGCUUUUUAGCAAUUUUCAUGUAGACUUGAUUGUGUAUUUUGGAUCAUUGUCCUGCUGCAUGACCCAGCUGCGCUUCAGCUUCAGCUCACAGAUGGACGGCCUGACAUUCUCCUUUAGAAUUCUCUGAUACAGAGCAGAAUUCAUGGUUCCUUCUAUUAAGGCAAGUCGUCCAGGUCCUGAGGCUGCAAAGCAUCCCCAAACCAUCACACUACCACCACCAUACUUGACCGUUGGUAUGAGGCUCUUACUGUGGAAUGCAGUGUUUGGUUUUCGCCAGACAAAAUGGGACCCAUCUUGUCCAAAGAGUUGACUGAAGUUUGCCAAAAAGCACCUGGAAGCACCUGGAUGAUCAUCAAGACUCUUGGAAGAAUGUUCUAUCGACAAACAGAGUCAAAACGAUAACUUUUUGGACGACAUGGGUCCCAUAGUCCAAAACGUGUAGGCUUCCGCACAGCAGUGUUCUAGAAUAUUGGACCGUUUGCUUUCCGAAUUCUCAGCGCGGCUCGAGCAAUUUCUCCAACCGUCACCUCAUUCAAAUGAAUAGAAGACGUGUAUGCAGAGUCGUGUUGGUUGGGAAUUUGGGGGAGGUGCACGGUCGGGCUGUGCGUCCCCCGCAGACGGUGGUCUCAGAACCGCGUAGUUAUGUCACAAUGGACUACCAGACUAUCGCGUCUCUGCGGCUUUGGACUCUGAAUUAAGAUUUAGCAAUAUGGUACUCAGUGUUACCAAAUUACAGUAUAUUGGGUCUCUGGUCAUUUUAAAGGCCCAAUGCAGCCCUUUUUAUCUCAAUAUCAAAUAAUUUAUGGGUAACAAUUAAGUACCUUACUGUGAUUGUUUUCAAUUAAAAUGGUCAAAAAGAAACAGUAAUAGCUCCUUAGCAAGAGCAAUUUCUCAAGCAAGAAUUUUGCUAGCACUAUCUUAGAGUUGUCUGAGUGGGGAGGGGAAAACUAGCUGUUAUUGGCAGAGCGGUUUGGAACUUUCUUUCUUAUUGGUCUAUUAACUAAUUUACCGCCUGGUGAUGUCUAGGGCUGUGGCGGUGACAAAAUGUAUUCAGCCGGUGAUUGUCAAGCAAAUAACUGUCGGUCUCACGGUAAUUGACUGUUAAUAAACAUAAACACAUUUAGCAUCUCCUGGCUUCCACACAUUGCCUACAAGCCAUUUAAGUCUGAGAAAUCCAUGUAAUAUAGCCUACACCACAAUAAAUCCAUGAUUUAUUUUAGACAGGUCUAAAGAAGCAUGAUAUGAAGAAAAUGUAGUCUAUUUCAGUAGAACAGAAUAGCAUACUCUGAGUUGUCCUUAUGUUAGGUCCUGAUGUGGCUAUGCCAAAUGGCUGUGGGCUACACUAGUUCAUUUAGCAGACAAGAUUUGCUUAUAAUUCCGUGGCAUUAUUUUAUAUUAUUUUAUAGUAUGAUCAAUACAAUUCAACAAAGCUGAAUAAAAUAUAAAUAUUUUCUCCAAAUGAUUUGAGGGAGUGCGCACAUGCGGCUGUUCUGUGUUGAGUGGUUAACAAAGAAAUAGGUACUCCUAUAUGCAGUGGUGUAAAGUGCUUAAGUAAAAAUACUUUAAAGUACUACUUAAGUAGUUUUUUGGGGUAUCUGUACUUUACUUUACUAUUUAUAUUUUUGACAAAUUUUACUUUUACUUCACUACAUUCCUAAAGAAAAUAUUGUACUUUUUACUCCAUACAUUUUCCCUGACAACCGAAAGUAGUCGUUACAUUUUGAAUGCUUAGCAGGAUAGGAAAAUUGUGAAAUUCACGCACUUAUCAAGAGAACACGUGGUCAUCCAUACUGCCUCUGGUCUGGCGAACUCCCUAAACACAAAUGCAUCUUUUGUAAAUAAUGUCUGAGUAUUGGUGUGCCCCUGGCUAUCCGUCAAUUUUAAAAACAAGAAAAUGGAGCCAUCUGCUUUGCUUAACAUAAGGAAUUUGAAAUGAUUUAUACUUUGACUUCUACUUUUGAUACUUUAGUAUAUUUGAGCAAUUACAUUUACUUUUGAGACUUAAGUAUAUUUAAAACCAAAUACUUUUAGACUUUUACUCAAGUACUAUUUUACUGGGUGACUUAACUUUCUAUUAAGGUAUCAAUACUUUUACUGAAGUUUGACAGUAGGGUACUUUUUCCACCACUGCCUAUAUGCUUAAUUUAGAGUUAUUGAUGUAACUUUAGUUGUUCUACAAACGUUGGGCUAUAUGUUUUGAUUUUUAAUACAUUGUAAGGCUGCAUGAUGAGACUCUAAUGAUGAUUUUUAAAAAGUCACUUGAAAGGCAUGAGCUCUGCUUUGUUUUUUUGUGCAGGCUGUACACACUCCAAUAGUCUCUCAUUCACAAUUUGUCAAGCACUUGAUAAUGCCUCGAAUUUCAUGGCGGCAUCCCUUUGUGGCCGUAAUGCACCCUAAAAAAAAUCCAUGCCUUUUGCAGCCCGGAGUGCUGCGUUGUGCCCUUCUCGGUGAGUGUGCUGCGCAAUCCGAAACGUCUCUCACUCACACGGCUCUCUUUCACGUGAUCGGGUCUUUCUCACAGUCUACAAGUUAAGACAGUCACAUCGGGGACGCAACUGCGCGGGUCCUUAUCCAAUUCUGAGGUGCAUAUUGAAGAUGUUGGAAGAACUGUCCACAUUUACUUUUAGUCAGCCAUCCAGAUGAGUAGGCCUAACGAACAGCAAAAUAACUAGCCUAUGUCAAUCUACUAUCCCCCAUAGUACAGAAGUUGACCUAUUGUAUUCUGUGCGAGAAAUAAAUAUUCCAAACAUAGUCUGGGACAGUUGUGGGAUGCGAUAGAUCCCAAAUUAAUACAACCACAUUGCAACAGAUCAGCACGUUUAGCUUAAAAUGUUGAAACUAUUAGGCUAUUUCUUCACAUUAUAAGCGCAGCAAUGCGCACAUGGUAGUAGGCUAUAACGUGCGAAUGUUCCAUUAGCAGAAAACACCAUUAUCAAAAGUGACCGCAAAUGCAAUUAUGCAUGUAAUGCUUUUAUUAUAAAGGUGCAUUUUUAUGGAGAAAAUUAUCUUCCCCAAACUUGAAACUCAUGUACUGCUUAUAAAUGCCAGUUAGGCUCUACACCCCUUGUAAAGCGGAUUAAUGUGCUUCAUUUUAAGUAGUUAUUUGGCCACUUUAGUUGUGAUACAGACCUUAUUAAAACAUAUAGGCCUAUAGGCGAGGCUACAUGAGGUGUGCGACUAUGAUUCGAAGUCGCAAAAAAAAGGCAUUGUUUCUUAUGCUGGGCAUCAUUCAAUACGGUCACCGCAACAGCCCUAGUGAUGUCACCAGCCAGGCCAAAACUCAAAUCCCACCAAAACAGGCUGAAAUUUCAGACUGUCUUUUCAAACAGCUCUUACACUAAAAGGGAAUUAUCAUCAUUUUCACAAUUUCACAAUAUUAUUCCAACCUGGUAGUGUGGAAAUAUAUAUAAAAUACAGGAAAAUGUUGACUGCACUGGGCCUUUAAGUGAAUGUAUUCAUCAAUUUUUUUACUUAAACUGACUGCUUAUCUCUAUAUGUUGUUGUGCGUUGGUUUGACCACCAGACCACAAAGGAGCGUCAUAUGUGGACCUGUCCUUUCCAUCUUCCGGUCCAACUCUACUUCAUCAUCAGGAACACGGAGCGCUCUCCGGACUUUGGGAUAUCCGAGAUCAAGAUCUGGAACUACAACAGGAGCCUCAAUGUAAGAGACCAUUGUAGGGCCAAACUGACAGGUUGUGUCUGAAAUGGCACCCUAUUCCUUAUUUUGUAGUGCACUACUUUUGGCUGGAGCCUUUGCAAUACAGGUUGCCAGUUCUAGUAAAAAGGGUUGCAUUAGGUGAUAAUUCAAAUGGAAUUUGAUAGAAAUGGUACUUAAGUACAUUAAGUUGUUAGCACUUACUGUAUGUACAGCCCUUACAUAUAUACAGCCUCUGAUUGGUUCAUCACACCAGUCCUAGUUCAGGGUUAAUUAAGAUACACGCCAUCAUUUGUCAACAGUUGCUCAUCAAUCCAGCUUGCUUCAGCCAUUCCAGUCAAUCUACAGGGUGACCACCAUAUUGGCAGAAGGCUUUGGGAGGGAGGGUAUAACCUUCCAGCAGUGGCUGUGUGAGCUACCAGUCAGUCCAAAUGUGGAACAGUAAGAGAUUAGCCCUGGGGGAUUAGUGAGGGGACGCCCAGGUUAGUUCUCCCGCCUCCCGCCCUGCUGCUGUGACUAAAGGGAAGGAUGGGAAUCACAAAGCCCAGGCAACCAGGGGGCUGUCUGGAACUAUGGAUGAUAUGGGCUGAUAUUAAGUGUCUCUGUUCAUUGAGUCCUAUGUUAGGUGCUAGUGGUGUGUUUUAGGCUGCGUGGUAAGGAGCUGUGUGAUACUGUGGGAUCCAGGGGGUGGAGAUACACUGAUUUAAUGAGCAGGGAUCGAGGAGAUUUGAGUCUGCUCUUAGCCAUUUUGCCAUCCACCAUGUCUGUCUGUGUGUGUUGGUAAGGAGGCUACCAAGUAGCUGUUGACUACGUCUGCACGGUUAGCUUAAUUGACUCUGUCUCUAUACCUGUGGGAAAUAACAUUGGGGCCUACAACUAGGAAGCUCCUUGGUUAACAGUAUGGUGUUAUUUUCAGUUUCAGUGUUCUUUGACAUUUUCCUUUUUCACCUCUGCAUUUUUCAUUGAGAUGUGUUUGACUUGGAGUUGUUUUGAUGUUGCUUUUCUUAUACGGUCUACUGAUAUACAUGCAUUACCUAAAUAUUGCCCUGCUUAGAGCCUGAAAUAGCCGUGCUGUUCUUUUUUAGGACCUGGACGUUGGUGCCCGGCAUGUGAAUCUUUACCUCAACAGCACGCUGGUGUUCGAAGGCGAGCUGGACAAGGGAUGUGGCAACCAGAUCUUCGAUUACAGCACCAGCAUCGACCUCCAGGCACUCCAAGUCCCAGAAUCCUUCUCUCCCAGCCCCGUGGCGUCCGGACACAGUCUGCGGGGUGCCAGCCCACAGUGCCAUGACGAGAGGAGCGUGGGGGGGAACAGCGAAGGGCAGCAUCGAGACCCCAACCCCAACCAUGGACUCUCUGAGGGGCUAGCCCAGUUCAGGAUAGACAUGCAGGAUAAAACCUACAACCCUCUCCCACCCACAUCUACAAACCGCCCCCCCCUACAGAGGGACUCCUUUAACAUGGACCCUCCGGACCUGGACCUCCACCACCCCCCUCUGAAAGAGCAGCUGGAGCAGUCGGGUCAACCCACAGAGUGCACAGUCACCACCCAGCCUUCCUCCUCCAGGACUCCCCAGUGGCUACAGCCCCUGGCCCGAAGCGCCCCCGAGGGCUGCGAUGCCGGAAGGGAGAGGCCCCUCUGGCUAGUGCCCCAGCAGUCUGUGGAGCCCAAACCUCCCCUCCCCCAAUCCACCUCCACCUCGGUGCUCCCGGAGCUGGGCUGUAACCCGGGAAGGGUGUGUCGGGGGGUGGAGAGGACUGUGAACGAGGGCCAGUGGAGUGCAGACUCUCUGGACCUGGGAGGUGACCUGCUGGAGGAGCUGAGUGACCAGCAGCGCCAGGACCGGCCUGUUAGUGGACGUAGGAGCUCAGCCAACAACAACAACACUAGUAGCAGAAAACCAGCAGAGGAGGACCAGCAUGGAGCAAUUGGACUGACCACAGGUAGGAGAGUAUACCCUGUGUGUGUGUGUGUACGCAUGGUCCAAGGACCUAUGUGAAUAAUUUCAUUUGUACAAUACUUUUGCGGCUCCUUUAUCUACUCUGCAUACUGGGCUGUGCAGGCAAGUUAAUGUCAUUUGCUGUAACCGUCUUAAGGUCAGAGACAGAAUCAUCUCUAGUGGUAGCCUGUUUGUCUACUUGCCUUAGUUUUGCAACUCUAUAAUGUUUUUCCCCCCAGGAUCUGCCAUUGGUUUCCCAAUGUUGAGGAGAUUGAGAAUCUCGUUGUUCUUGUCAACGGCAGACCAGACAUAUCUUUUAUUUUUUCCUAAAUAAGAUUAUAGAGCAGACAGAUUGCUGCAUCACACCAAAUCUAGGCCUGCAUCCUAUAAUAAUCCCUCUUUAUCUCCAUGACAACAGACUGACUCCCCACCAGACCCUCUAGUAACACAACACACACACACACACAGGGCACAUACGAGCUGGUUCUGACCAUAUCUGUUGUGGACGUGUCAGCCGGAAGUUGGCCAUAGACUCUUUGACCAUUAUCACACCAGCUGUCGGAGCUGGGCUAUUCAGUGUGAAAAUUACAUAAUCAUUACCAUGAAUUGUAUAUUCUACAUAACAGGAAUAUGUAAAGUUAUUUUAGGAUUAUAGUAGUAGAAAUCUUACUCUCAAAAUGAAAACUACAAUGUAUAAAACGGUCGAAAAAUAAUUGCUCUUAGCUACUCUUGCAUGGUCUUAGAGGUAACAUGAGAGUGUGUUGAUUCCACAGAGGAGCCAAGUUCGGUGUCAGACAGCAGCAACAAGAGGCAGCGUCAUACCCGCCAGGCCACGCUCCACAGCCAGCAGGACCAGGAUGACACCCUCAUGGAGUCCUGGGACUCCCUCACAAAGUUCAACCAGUGCCAGCGUGGUCGCAUCUCCAACAUGGGCUUCGAGGGCGACAUCUUUGACGAGUUCCUCCAGCGUUCCUCCAGAGCCGCCACUAUCACCACAAUCCCCUCCUCCGACCCAGGAGGCCCUCCCUGCAGCCCCUUCCCCUCCUCCUCCCACCUCUCUUCCCCCGCCCCUCAAGGGGGCCUCUGCGAUGACCCGGAGGAUGACCUUUCCACCGAGCCGGAGCGCGAGGAGGAGUUUGAGAUUCCGGUCCUCCCACGUGGUCAACAUCUGGUCAUUAACAUCCUGUCCACGUGGGGCGACCGCCACUACGUGGGACUCAACGGUCUCGAAGUCUUCAGCUCCAGCGGUCAGCCCCUCCGGCCCGCCCGCAUCCGUGCCGACCCUCCCGAUAUUAACGUGCUGCCCGCCUACGACAAAGACCCGCGCAUUGUCGCCAACCUGAUCGACGGAAUCAACCGCACGCAGGACGACAUGCACCUGUGGCUGGCGCCGUUCACCCAGGGGAUGAGUCACGUGAUCUACCUGGAGUUCGCUGGGCCAUGUCAGGUGGCCAUGAUAAGAGUGUGGAACUACAACAAGUCCAGGAUCCACUCGUUCAGGGGGGUGAAGGAGGCUGAGAUGCUGCUGGAUGGGAGGUGUAUCUUCAGGGGAGAGAUCGCCAAGGCGUCAGGGACUCUGUCUGGAGGUAGGGGAGCAUGAGUAAGGGACAGGCUCUCUCCUUAGACACCCAAAUGUAAUAAUAAUAAUAAUAAUGUAUCCCAUGCUAUAGUGCUACCACAGGUGGCCUAUACUCUGUCCCUAUUUUAGGAGCUUCAUGAUAUAAUAGUUGCCUUGGUUUGCACAAUGGACAAGUAUGAUUUACAUUGAAGGUAUUACAGAUCAUAGAACUACAGCAUUUGUUUGGUGACAAAAUACACUGAGUGUACAAAACAUUAAGAACACCUUCCUAAUAUUGAGUUGCACACCCCGCUUUUGCCCUCAGAACAGCCUUAAUUCGUCGGGGUAUGGACUCUACAAGGUGUCGAAAGCGUUCCACAGGGAUGCUGGCCCAUGUUGACUCCAAUGCUUCCCUCAGUUGUGUCAAGUUGGCUGGAUGUCCUUUGGGUGGUGGACCAUUCUUGAUACACACGGGAAACUGUUGAGCGUGACAAAGGCACUUCAAUCUUUUGUCUUGCCCAUUCACCCUCUGAAUGGCACACGUACACAAUCCAUGUCUCAAUUGUCUCAAGGCUUAGAAUACCUUCUUUCACCUGUCUCCUCCCCUUCAUCUACACUGAUUGAAGUGGAUUUAACAAGUGACAUCAAUAAGGGAUCAUAGCUUUCAGCUGGAUUCACCUGGUCAGUCUAUGUAAUGGAAAGAGCAUGUGUUCUUAAUGUUUUGUACACUCAGUGUAGGUUUAAUGUCAUUUGUUGGCCAUGCAUUAAAACAUGUUUGCCUUUAACAUCUUGAAUUAUACCUCCACCCCUCUCCUCUUAGGUCUGGACCAAUUCGGGGACACCAUCUUGUUCACCACGGACGAUGAGAUCCUGGAGGCUAUGUCGCGCUACGACGAGACGUUCUGCGGGGAGGCGGAGUGCUCCGAGGGGCUGAUGGGGUAUGAGGAGGAGCUGCAGAGGCCCAGCACGGCCGACGGAGAGGGGGAGGACAGACCCUUCACACAGGCUGGCUUCAGACCCGAGGACGACCUCGCUGUGAGUACCACAUGGCUGACUGGGACUAUACAGUGAAUACAUGGAAAGCCUGGAUUGAUAUAAGACGUGCAGGUUUUGUUCCAGCCCAGCACUAACAUUUCUGGUUUCUUUUCACUGCCAUUUUCAGUUAAAACUCCAUCUGAACGCCAUUGAUGGUCAGUCUGAGGAAACCCUGGAGCAGAUCCCAGGAAUGUACAAUGGAAAGUGUGAGUACUCCCUUCUAAGUUAGUGUUAUUCAUUAUCAAUUCAUUAAUUCCUAAUUUUACACACAGGACUAGCUUUUUCUGUCUGUAAAAUGUAACUAGCUCAGCUUGUUUCACACUGACUCUCCAAGCUCUCUCUCUCCUCCUCCCCCCCUCUCUCUUCAGGCCUUAGGAUAGAGUUGAGUAUGACGUGGGGGGACUCCCACUACCUGGGCCUGACAGGGUUAGAGGUGUUGGGGAAGGAGGGGGACAGCCUGCCUCUGGACCUUACCAUG